AUGGACAAAAAUCAACGAAUUGUUAUCAUUGGAGCUGGCGUCUUCGGGCUUGGGGCAGCCCUGCGAUUCAAAGAAGAGGGUUAUACUUCAGUCACAGUCCUCGAUCGCUCCAUGCCACCUGUCGCAGAUGGUUUGAGCAACGAUAUCUCUCGUAUCAUUCGAUUUGACUAUGGUGAUGCUAUCUACACAGAAAUCGCCAAAGAGGCGUACGACGUGUGGGAGACCCCAGAGUUCAAUGUUGCAUUUUACCCCACGCCCUGUCUCUGGGUAUGCCAGUAG